ACAAAGUAAACAUGAACACUCAUAAUACUAAUCGAACUGCCCGCUAGAACUAAAGCUGCUGAAUCACAUUCAAGAUUCAACCAAACAUUACAAACAUAUUGCUUUAUAAUUCGCAUAGGUAAAAGGUUCCACCAACUCCUUCGGUUCCACGUACACCAAUCCCCUGCUUUUCAUAUAGCUAUAACCUAUAACGGUAGCCUCACAGACUGCGACAAACAAAAAAGCAAAUGUGGAAAUACCCCUUCCGGUUUGGUCGUUGAAAUGACGUCUGGGGUUUUCCAUUUUCGUCACAGCUGUUAAAUUACAAAGCGUGACCAUUUUACGCUACGGUGACUAUGUUUCGUUAUGACCUCAUGAAACAAGACAAACUGUUCAUUUGAACCUCCCCUUACAGUUUUAAAAUUUGAUAAUAUAUUAGAUCAACAAAAUGUUUUUUAUAAUAAAAUACGGACAUGUGAUAUCUAAUCCUUAUUAACUUAAAACUAGAUAAAAUUGCUAGUAAAUUGGGGACAGUGUUUUGUGUAUUAGUAUUAUAGUAAGGUGCUAAAACAAUAUCUACGAAUAUUUGUAAUAUCCAACAACAUAAUUAUCAAAGUAGCAUAACCGUUUACCAAUGUUUAGAUAUCUAUGGUUUAUCUGCGGUAUACUCUUUCUAUGCUUGUCGUCACGACAACAAAGAAAAAUACCUAAAGGGAAAAGUCGCGUAUUGUGAAGAUAUCCAUCGAGAAACUGUAUAUAUAUUUUAAAACAUACUACAGUUUUAAUUUGACAUAUUUGUGUAAGAUCCUAGUUUUCUGUGCUGACACUAACUGUACAAUGUCAAAGAAUUUAAGAAUCGGACGCAGUUACCAGAAAAAGUUAGCUGGCGAUCACAGAAUCAUAAGGUUUCGUUGUGCAUUGAAUAACACCAUUGGAGAUGUGCUGAAACAGAGACCUGGGUGGGUAGAAUCGAAGGAAGGUGAAGAUUGGGACUUUUACUGGUGUGAUAUCGGGUGGCUGCGGGAAAAUUUUGACCAUAUUUAUAUGGAAGAACACGUUCGAAUUUGUCAUUUCAGAAAUCAUUUUGAGCUUACACGUAAAAACUUAAUGGUGAAAAACUUAAAGCGAUUAAAAAAACAGCUAGAAAGAGAGUCAAAAUCUGAGUCGGCAAAAUGCGACUUCUUUCCAAUGACCUACGAGCUUCCGAGUGAGUAUCACAUCUUUGUUGAGGAAUUUAAAAAGAACCCUGGUACCGUGUGGAUUAUGAAACCGAUUGCAAAAUCUCAAGGAAAGGGAAUCUUUUUGUUUCGUAGACUGAAGGACAUAAUCGAUUGGAAGAAAGAAGGCUAUAGGGCAAACAAUGAAGAAAGAAAGGAAGAAACGAAAGAUGUUGAAACGUACAUUGUACAGCGGUAUCUCGGCAAUCCUUAUCUUAUAGGAGGAAAGAAGUUCGAUUUGAGGAUUUAUGUUCUUGUGACUUCUUACGUACCACUGAAAGCCUGGUUGUAUAGAGAUGGUUUUGCGAGAUUUUCUAACGCGCGUUUUACACUGGACAGCAUAGACGAUAGCUACGUCCAUCUUACGAACGUUGCGGUGCAAAAAACUGCACCGGAUUAUGACCCAGAAAAAGGUUGCAAAUGGUCGCUGCAGCAGUUAAGGCAUUACCUAACCGCGAAACACGGUUAUGAAACCGUCGCUAACGUUUACCAACAGAUGAACGAGAUUUUUAUCAAGAGUUUACAAAGCGUGCAGAAAAUUAUCAUAAACGACAAGCACUGUUUCGAGCUGUACGGUUACGAUAUUUUGCUCGAUUCAAACCUUAAACUAUGGCUGCUGGAAGUGAACGCUUCGCCUUCAUUGACUGCAAGUAAUCAAGAAGAUUAUGACCUAAAAGUAGGUCUGCUUGAAGAUACGUUAAAUAUCAUAGACAUGGAAGGGAGUCUCACUGGUAACGAGAAAAGGGUGGGCAACUUUGAUCUAAUGUGGAACGACGGACCUGUAUAUGCUGAAGAUGGAAGUACCGAUGCAUUAGGCGGACCUUCGUACGCUACCAAUACGUAUUUAGGGUGUCAUAAUGACAGAAAACGCCAACUCAAUCAAUUGUUUCGUUCAUUGCAAAACAAAAAAACGGCCGCUGGGCAUUAGGCAAUAUAUUAAACCGUUGCUGCUGCACUUAGCGGUCGUGCGCUGCAUGUUCUUACCACACGAUUUCAGAAUGCAUUUUCUGUUACUGUUUCAUUCAUAUAUUUUUUCUUCAUUUAAAGAAACCGUAAUGGGUUUGUUUGAAGCAAACGAUACUGAAUAAAACUAAUU